CAUGAUUGUAUAUGGGCCUUGUAUAUUUUAAACCGUUAGAUUUAGGUCAUCGAAUAGAGUCGCUCUCUUUUAUACCUCUCCGCGGCGCAUUCUUGCAAUUCUUCUGAAAACCCUAAAUAGGCAGGCAAAGUAAUCGAAGAUGGUGCAGCGUCUCACCUAUCGCAGGCGUCACAGCUACGCCACCAAAUCUAAUCAACACAGGGUUGUCAAAACUCCUGGUGGUAAGCUUGUUUACCAGACAACUAAAAAGAGGGCUAGUGGACCUAAGUGUCCCGUUACUGGCAAGAGAAUUCAAGGGAUUCCACACUUGAGGCCCACUGAGUACAAGAGAUCAAGGUUGUCUAGAAACCGUAGGACCGUGAACCGUGCAUAUGGUGGAGUUUUGUCCGGAGGUGCUGUUAGAGAAAGGAUCAUUAGGGCUUUCUUGGUUGAAGAACAAAAGAUUGUCAAGAAGGUCUUGAAAAUUCAAAAGUCAAAGGAAAAGCAGACCUCUAAGGCCUGAUUUUGCAUCAUAGAAUGAGAGAUCUUUUUGAAUGACUCUUAGGUUUGAGUGAUUAUAGUAAAUCACAAAUUUUAUUAGAGUUUUUCUCAUGUUAAUUGUGUUUAAUUGUUUUGUUUGAAACUCAUUCUAGAGCAAUUGUUAACAUUGGCAACUAUUCUAUUAUGAUACAGUUUUGUUUGUGUCAA